AUGGCAACAAUAGACCCCGCACAGUCGACGCUGUACCCCAAGAUCACGACACACAUUCCUGAGAUUAUCGAGCACCUGCGGCGCUUGAACCGCGACCCUGCCCACCCAGAAGCAAACAUCAUUGUGGACCCUAUGCCUUUCAUCGGUACAGUCAAACUUCAUGGCACGCACGCAGAUAUCCUCGUAUACUCCGAUGAUCGCAUCGUCUUUCAAUCGCGCAACAUAACCGGUCUGUCCGUCGCAAAAGAUAACCAAGGAUUUGCGGCAAAUAUUUCAGAGAAAACCGCGGCUGUACUUGGACUGCGAGAUGUGUAUCUGGCAAGAUGGAAAGAGCUAAACCCUAGCACAACAAUUGAGCAAGACUCGCCCGUCGUGAUAGCCGGUGAAUGGAUAGGCGAGAAGAUCCAAAAAGAUGUCGCCAUUUCCCAACUAUCCCGCCGCUUCGUCAUCGUCUCGGUUAACAUCAAUGGUACAUGGCAAAAAGACGAAGCAUACUCCGACAUCUCGCUUCCGGAUCAUGACAUCUAUAACGCCUCAAGAGCCGGCUCCUUCCACACAACACUCUACCCUGACGAUUACGAACGCACAGUAUCAGAAGUCGAACGCUUGACCGAAAGAGUCGCCGCUCGAUGCCCUUUCGCAGCAACUUUCGGUAUAUCCGGCUUGGGCGAGGGUAUCGUCUGGAAACCCAUACCUUGCCAGUACAACGGCGACACCUCUCUAUGGUUCAAAAGUAAAGGAGGGAAGUUCAAACCUACAUUCUUCCGCAUUCCAAAACAACAUGAAGGCGCCGAUAUCAUCAAAGAGCGACGCAAAGCAGCUGGAGUAGUAGCAGUUGCAUGGUGCUCCCAGCAGCGCUUAGAACAAGGCUGGGAUGUGCUGCGCGAGAAGGGUGUUGAGCGCGAUGUGAGGGCACUAGGCGACUUUUUGAAGUGGAUUCAACAUGAUGUUUUGGAGGAAGAGAAGGGACAUAUCAAAGAGCAUGGUGUGGAUGAGGCGGCGUUGAAGAUUGAGAUUGCUAAAAUUGCUAAGCCGUGGUAUAGGGCAAAGCUUAGGGAAGAGGAUGCCUCGUGA